AUUCUUACGGCUUUUUAUUCGUGUAUUUACUUUGGUUUUCAUUCGUUCGAAAAAUAAGUUUCUUUAGUUGUUUGAAAUAUCAAGGCAGAUGUCGAGUAUAGCGACUGAAUCAAGGUUGACGGUAGCCAUUUUUGUAGAGCAUGAGUAAACGUAUGCUUGCGAUAACUGAUGGGUCGAGUUCGCGGUCACGUAGACGCAGUAGAUCGCCAGAAAAGUCUCCAGAUUCAGCUCCUCGAAAACGUAAGAGCAGAUGGUCUGCAGUUGAAACAGAUCGGAUUUUUAUACCUGGUAUGCCUACUCAGCUGCCCCCAAAUCUUACACCGCAACAGGAAAGAGUGUACAUCAUUCAGCUUCAAAUCGAAGAUAUGUCUAGACGCUUGAAAAGUGGAGAUUUGGGUAUCCCUAAAAAUCCGGAAGACAGAUCCCCUUCACCGGAACCUAUAUAUAGCAGCGACGGUAAGCGCUUGAACACAAGGGAAUAUAGGACCCGCAAAAAGCUGGAAGAUGAUCGUCACGCACUUGUACAACAACUUAUGGAAAUUAAUCCUGAAUAUAAACCACCCUCUGACUACAAAGCUCCACAGAAUAGAAUAACGGACAAAGUAUUUAUCCCCCAAGAUAACCACCCGGAUAUCAACUUCGUUGGGCUCUUGAUUGGACCGCGUGGGAAUACACUUAAGGCACUGGAAAAAGAUACGGGCGCAAAAGUAAUAAUUCGCGGAAAGGGCUCUGUUAAAGAAGGCAAGGUUGGAAGGAGAGACGGACUUCCUUUACCUGGUGAAGACGAGCCUCUACACGCUUUCAUCUCAGCACCUUCAGCCGAAUGUGUAGACAAAGCAGUUAAAAAAAUUAAUGAGAUAAUAAGACAAGGAAUUGAGAUACCAGAGAGCCAAAACGAUCUUCGAAGAGCCCAGUUGCGCGAGCUUGCUUUACUUAAUGGGACAUUGCGUGAGCACGAAGGUUUGAUGAAACUACGUGCAAUGGCCGAAGCCCAGUCAAUUGCUACCAACAAAAUCCAAUGUGGUAUAUGUGGAGGUGCUGGACAUCUGUCAACCGACUGCAAAGCACUGUUGGGUGGUCAGGCAUAUCUUGAUCAGCUUAAUGCCAACCCCGGUGAAAGAGCCAAAAUGGAUAGCGAAUACACUGCAUUAAUGGCGGAGCUCGGUGUAGGUGGUUCACAAGGUUUGCCUCCCGGUCUUAGAGGCUUUAAUGCUUUACAACCACAACCUACCCGCCCGACUCGUCAGCCCCCGCCUCCUGGUGUUGCAGCUUUUGAUGACGACGACGAUGGAGACGCUGGAACAAACUGUACUACUGCUACAACAACUUCAACGGUUUCAACCACGGUUUCUUCUCCCAACCAGUAUGCAUUUGCUUUGCCACCACCACCCCCUCCUCCCUCUCAGUAUGCACCUAUGGUGACACCUGUUUCUCCAUGGGCGACUCCUGUAGUCGUACCACCUAUGCCUGGAUAUCCGUCAACUGCCGCCUAUCCUACUUCCGGAGUCCCCGCAGUUGCAGGAGCCUAUUCCGAAGUGCCAGUUGCAACAAAUGGUGGUUCCUCAUUAAACCAUUGGCAUCCCUCCGUCCCUGGAUCAGCUUCUUGGGGCGAUAGCUCAUCACAAGUACCAGGUGGUGUACCUGUUCCCGGUACAGCAAUGGUUCCUCCCUACUACCUGCCCACACCUACGGAUUACUGGGCAGGUUAUGCGGGAGGUUACGCAGCUCCUGUACCCAACCCACCCCCUCCUCCACCACCACCUGGAGUCUAGAUUCAUUAACCGUCACUAUUCACUUGCAGCCAUAAAACCGAAACAACUCCCUGUACAAAUUCAAAGCAUAAAUGGCUUUAUAGCAUCACUGAUUUAUGUUUAUAGAAAUCAAGCUUGUUUAUCAUUGUUCUAACAGUUUCUGUGCAAACAUAUUGAUUCUAUGAAAAUUGUUUAUUUUCUCAUUAUAUCUGUUUGAUAAGUUUUCCUGUUUCUGACUGGACAAUACAAUGAAAUAAUAGUGAAUGUUGGUUAGUGUGAUGAGUCAUUGUUGUUUCACGUUGUUCUCUUGGACAGACUGCAUUAAAUUGACACAUUUCAUUCUCUACAUUCGUUCAGGCACUUAAUUUAAGCUAACUAAUUCGUUUUUAGCGGUAUUAUGUUGUGCUUAAAGACUGCUCUUAUAAAUCAUUUUAGUGAGUUAAUAUUGCAUCAGUUGUCUAGUGUAGUGCUUCGUUAUUGUAAGGAGAACUAUUCAGCUUAUUGUAUAUUGAGCUGUUGAACAUUAAACUUUUGUUUAAGUACCCGUAGGUUGAUUUCGUUCAUAAAUUUCUUCAAAAGGUGUCCACGUAGUUCACAUUGAUUCAUGGUAACUCACAUGCUAGGUUAUAAAAUUUACAAGAAAAUAACCACUUUUUCUAUUUUAAACUUCCUGCAUAUUUUAUUGCAUAUAUGUAUUCUCAUAACAUCAAAGAGACUAAAUAGAAAUAAUUGAAUAAAAGAAAUAUG